CAUCUUCCUCCUGCAACCAUGAAAUUCAUUCUGAUUUUGUUGUGUGCUGUUGUGGCUAUAACCACAGCAUCACCUGAAGAAAAGGAAUCACCAAUCGUUGAAAAACCCGAAGCAAAAGUUUCCAAGCGAGAAGAUGUAGUUGAUCCUGUCAAGAAAGCUGAAGAGAUUAGAAUAGCUCAAGAAAAACUCAGAGCAUUAAAAGAAGCACGUGAAAGGUUGAUUGAGAGACAACAGCUUUACCUUGACUCACUGUACAGACAGUCUAUAUGGAAUCCAUACCGUGUACAAUAUUACCAAAGAGGUUAUGUACAACCAUUUUUAGGGCUGAGUCCAUGGUACCAUUAUUAGAUUUACUAUCAUCUCAAUCAUCAAAAUUGUUAUUCUGAUACAAUAAAAGAUUUCUUUGCAUAUAUGUU